AUGUACUCCCACUUGGAUAGGUUUAUAUGUUUACAAUCAGCAUUCAUCCUUCUACUCUUUAGUUGUGCCACGGUUGCCCAACUACCAACGGUGUAUGAUAUGCUACAGGAAUACAAUCUUCCACCAGGCCUGAUUCCCAGCAACAUUAUCGGUUACACCCUGGACAGAGCCACCGGUGAGUUUGUGAUUAGCUUGUCCGGUAAAUGUGCUUUUUCCUUUGACGGGUAUUAUGUCAUGUUCAACCAAAUGGUCAGUGGAGUGAUCACUAAAGACCAGAUAACGAAUUUGAGAGGAGUUAGUGUAAGAUUAUAUCUGUUUAUGCGGGCAAAUGUUAAGAAUGCAAUUCGCCGCGAAGAUGAGGUAGACAUCUCGGCUGGCAUGUUUUCAGUAAGAUUCGAUGUUGAGAAUUUCGAGGAGUCGCCACAGUGCAGUUGUGGGUUUGAUUGCGAUGAUUUAGAGUCUAAAGCCCAGAAGCGUUUGGACUCGUUUAUGUAA